GACCGGCUGCGCGCAUUGGCCCGCCUCGCGCGCUGGCCUGUCCCGCGCAUUGGCCAAGCGGCCGGGAGGACGGGCCCGGCGGCCGUGCACUUCCGGCCGCUGGCCGGCCCGGCGCGCACCGCCCCUUCCGCCACCGCCCAGCGAGCCGAGCCCCGGUCCCAGCCCCGGCCGUCCCGGCGUCGCUUCGGAGCGCGGCGGCAGCUGACUGCGCCUUCACGAUCCGCUGGGACCCGCGAGCCCCGCCGCCGUUAUGAACAUCCGCAAUGCGAGGCCAGAGGACCUAAUGAACAUGCAGCACUGCAACCUCCUCUGCCUGCCCGAGAACUACCAGAUGAAAUACUACUUCUACCAUGGCCUUUCCUGGCCCCAGCUCUCUUACAUUGCUGAGGACGAGAAUGGGAAGAUUGUGGGGUAUGUCCUGGCCAAAAUGGAAGAGGACCCAGAUGAUGUGCCCCAUGGACAUAUCACUUCAUUGGCUGUGAAGCGUUCCCACCGGCGCCUCGGUCUGGCUCAGAAACUGAUGGACCAGGCCUCUCGAGCCAUGAUAGAGAACUUCAAUGCCAAAUACGUCUCCCUGCAUGUCAGGAAGAGUAACCGGGCCGCCCUGCACCUCUAUUCCAACACCCUCAACUUUCAGAUCAGUGAAGUGGAGCCCAAAUACUAUGCAGAUGGGGAGGACGCCUAUGCCAUGAAGCGAGACCUCACUCAGAUGGCCGACGAGCUGAGGCGGCACCUGGAGCUGAAGGAGAAGGGCAGGCACGUGGUGCUGGGUGCCAUCGAGAACAAGGUGGAGAGCAAAGGCAAUUCACCUCCGAGCUCAGGAGAGGCCUGUCGCGAGGAGAAGGGCCUGGCUGCCGAGGAUAGUGGUGGGGACAGCAAGGACCUCAGCGAGGUCAGCGAGACCACAGAGAGCACAGAUGUCAAGGACAGCUCAGAGGCCUCCGACUCGGCCUCCUAGAGCCUGCCCCAUCCCUUCCUCACCCCACGAGCUUUCACAAUAAAUUCGCUCCGUGGCACUGGGGAA